AUGCUUGCCGCCAUGUUUUCCGGCAAGUUUGAGAUGAAGCCUUCUGAAGACGGUUCUUUCUUUAUCGACCGAGAUGGAACUUACUUCCGGUUUAUACUAAAUUAUCUUCGUAACGGCGAACUUAUCUUGCCAGAUGGUGCUACAUUCCUCAAGGAACUCGAAGCAGAAGCUAAGUUUUAUCAGCUGCAAGGGAUAUUGGACGAACUGAAACCUAAAGAACCGAAAGUGUUCGAGGAGUCGGUGAUAAUGACGAACGAAGAGCAUCCAAGGGUCUUGAAAAGUUGGUUGCCUGAGGCUAUGAAAGGGCAAUGGCGUUUGCUAUUUCGAGCUUCACGAGAUGGCUUUGCUGCUUCAGCGUUUCAUUCCACUUGCGACAACAAAGGACCUACAAUCACUGUUGUAAAAAGUGGUGGAAACAUUUUUGGAGGCUUCGCUGAGAACGCUUGGACAAGUAAAUAUAAGAUAACUGAUAUGAUUAUAAAAUACAAAUUAGCCUUUUUAUCGAGUAAUUAACUCUGAUGAAUGGUUGAGACAAAUUUUAUGCAUGUCGUAUGGCCUGUGUCACAGGCAUUUGUGCAUUAAUCACCCUUGUUAAUUUCCUGUCUAAUUUUUAAAUUAUUAUUUCCUCUACAUUUUGGGUACAUAUAAAGCCACACUUAAAAGCCAGUGUUUUAGAUCACCAUGGAUCAUACCCCGACCUAUCCAAUCGAACAAAACCGAACAAAAAACCAAUCGAACCCAAUCGAACUCCAAUCGUUCGAUUGGGUUGGGCAAUCGAACAAAAUCGAACACCUAUUUUGCUGUGAGUUCGAUUUUCGAACCAAUCGAACCAAUAUAAUCGAACAAAAUCGAACUAAUCCAAUGCAAUUGUCUCUUGUCGCCUCAAACUGAGUAAAACACGUGGAAUAUAAUCAUUGUCAGCUUUUAUUGAAUAAACAGGAACUGAACAUCAUACUGCAAGAAUGUCAAUGUUCGAACAAAACAAAACAAGUAAAAGGCAAUUUCGAUGACUGUUAAGGUACUGUGACUGUUAAAAGGAAAUGCUUCUCAACAGAGAAAAAUCGCACCAUUUCAACAACAGCAACACAGGCAGUUGGGUUUAAAAUUAGUAUGAUGCGAUGCGGCGUCCGUUAAUCGAACGUUCGAUUAUACCAAUCGUUCGGUAAUCGAACGUUCGAUUGGCAAAAUUUUAUUGUGAAUUCGAUUAUGUUCGAUUGAGUUCAGCAAUCGAACGAUUGGUUUUCGAUUGGGUUCGAUUGCCAAACUGUUCGAUUGGAUAGGUCGGGAUCAUACUCAUUCACAGGCGGCGCAAGCUCAGUAUGAGAGUUUUUAUCAUUAAUACAUGUAGUUUCUUAUUGCAUAAUCCUUAAAAUGGCCGUGAAUAUAACGGAUUUGUAUGGGAAUUCAGGUAAACUUGAAUCUUUUACCUGAAUUCCCAUACAAAUCCUUUAUAUUCACGGCCAUUUUUAGGAUUAUGCAAUAUGAAACCACAUGUAUUAAUGAUUACUCUCAUUUUUAGCCUGGGUAGCCUGUGACUCAUUUAACCAGGGUAAGUCCAUGAGCAGGAUAUUGGCAACUUCUUUAUAGGUCGCUAUAACUUAUUUCUACGUUUCUCAGGGGCAACCUAGCUUAGGUUCAGGAUCAAAGAAGUGGAAUGGGGCAGAAAGUGUUUGAAAGGUUUAGAUUUAAAGAACUUUGAAUCUGAAAUGUAAAAAUGACUGUAUGACACAUAAUGUCUGAAUUUAUAUGUCAGGUGUAAUCACUGUUAUUCACAGAUCGUUGUGAAUGGGUGUCAUGUAGGCAAGCCUUCCUGUUCAGCUUUGUAAACCAAAGUGGCCUGAGACCGACCAAACUGUCAAUCAUCUCUGGGAAUGAAAAUUAUGCCAUCUUUUGUAAUGGCAACUAUGGACCAGUGUUUGGUGGUGGGAAUGACCUAAGGAUAUCAAAAGAUGCAAACACAAGUCCUAGUGGCAGCAAUCUCGGCCACACCUAUCAGUGCCCGCCAGGACAACAGAGCUCGUUCUUCACAGGUGAAAGUAGUUUCCUUGUCACAGAUUACGAGGUGUUUGGACUCCGCCAGUGAUGACUACCAACAAAGCAGGUGAAAUAUUAACUCUUACAGCUAAAAUACUCCAUGCUUUUUCCAAACAUUGUAACAUAAAGCUUUUUUUACAAUGCCUCAUUAGGGGUGCUAGGUACUCAGGACAAAUAUGUUACUUUGAUAUUGUUGGGCUUUAACUUAAGAGAGGUGCAAAGUAGGGCCUAAUCAGAGCCGUAAAUGUACUUGGCUUUAAAAUUUGUUUUAAUAGGAGCCGAAUUAAUUAUAACUUAAAGGUUCUCACCUUGACCAGUCUCCCAGAGAGGGACUUUUUGUAGUAAAAAGCUCACCAAUCUAACGUUUAUGCCUAUUACUUAAGGAAAACGUUGACCCUAUUCGAGAAGAAGACUCUCAGGACAUUUGAACAUGUCACUACAGGCGCCGUAUUUUGUUUUCGUUGUUAAACUGACAAAAAACUAUACUGAGGUGAAUGUGUCAGUUGCUUGGUUCAAGAUAGGACUGCAUCCCAAGAUACUCUAAAAAGAACCUUAUUAUCCGCGUUUCGUUUGACUUGGUGGGAGUGAGUCCAAAACCAUAGGCCAUUAAUAGCAUUUCAUAGGUACGGCAAAGCAAUUCAUCUGGUUUACGGGAAAUUCGAAUUUGUCUUUCGUUUCCACUCUGUCCGUAGUAUGGCCUCAAAAGGGCGCAUCAUUUUGUUCUGACUUGUCUUGUAUGUGUUUCCUACCAGCUGUACAAGGGCAGUACAGAAGAAAUCAUAACUGAAAACUCCAGGGCAAUUAAUAUUUAAAUUAGCAACUGACAACUGUCCCUCAGUCUCAGUACAUUUAACUGUCGUUUCACACAUACACUUCAAAUAAACUCACUGUAAAGCGCAAUUACUCACGGGUCUGAGAGUGUGCGCAAUAUUAAGGGGAAUUGACUGUAUCUGUAUUGAGUAAGCCGGAACAAAACUCGGACGCUAAGCUAUAGUUCAUGGUAGUCAAGAAUGGCAUUUUAAUCGCAUAUAAUAUUUACCGAAUAUCUUAUGAAUACAUCCUACAUGCUCAUCUGAUUAGUUUUAGCAAUGAUGUCAUUCUUCCUUGGAAUGGAUAUACUACAGUGUCCUUCAUUAAAGUCACAACGUGUGUUAAAUUAUGCUUAAAGGUUAAUUUGCGCUUACUCGCUUCAAGGUUGGUAGGGGCUUGUCUGACAUUUCUAAGUAUUUGUCUUCUUUUUUAUUGCAGAUGAACUGCAGUUCAUCAGUAUACAUGAGCACGAAAGUAGCAGAGGAUUAAAUAUAAGAGCCACUAUCACUAUUUUCUUUUACGGGCACAUGGUGCCUUUGGUUGUUAGUAUUAUGACGAUCUAGACUGAAUAACUGAGAUCCAGUGUUUUCUUAGAAUUUAGAACUGAUCAUAUGAUAAUCUAGUUUUGUAAGUCAAUAGUUCCUGUAUGAUCUAGCAUCUACCUAAAGCACAGCCUAAGAUUGGGAUUUUAACCUUCAGAUAUCGAAGUCAGUCCGUUCUUAAUUAUACCAUUAUUGAAACAAUUAAAUUUUGUUUCUAGGGUAUGUAUACCGUUUUUUUUAAAAUCUUAAGUUAACGCGGGAACCUCAAUAAAGGCAACUCAUUUAAAGAAAUUGAAAAUGAAGUACGAAGGAGCUUGUUUGAUAUAAAAACCAUUUUUGUUCAAAUUGAACCAAACACUGGGUCAAGACGUAGUUUAAAAUAUACAGAGAUCGUUUAAUUGAGAAAGUACGGAAAUCACUUUAAUGGAAAAAGAUGAUGUAAAAAGCCAGGUUACUACAAUGAUGAUUUGCAACGGAAGAAACGGAAAUCGUAGCGUAUUCAAUGUCAUAAUGCAUCAUGUGGUACCGAGUCUUAUGUCUCGUAGUCACGAUAUAAUGUCUUCUGGAUUAGGCACCCAGACGUCUCUCUCUCUCUCGACGACAAUAGGGAGCUAGAGCAAAGACGUUUUUGAGCGACGAAAGUCAAGCAGAAGUGGACAUUUUGCAUUCUUGAACAGCUGUUAUGCCUAAAUUUUCAGGGGAAUUGUCUUUAUAAGAGUGAAGACUCUUAGCAAUACACAGUUACUAGCGUCAAGGUAUAUUAAAAGGGAAAAUGCCACACUUCCGGUUGACGUGCGUUGCUCAACUGACGUCUUUCUCCCGUGAGCACUGGGAUCCUCCCCAGGUCUUUUUGCUUAGAAAAGGGCAGGGGCGGGAAAGGGAAAGGACCUGGGGAAGAGGUUGGGACGGGUAAAGGAAGGCAGGAAAGAGAAAACGGCUUCACGUCUCACAUUUCCUUUCCAUUGUCUCCUUCGCUUCGUCGCCAGUCACUCGCGUUUCGCGCUCACCUCUACGCGAAACAGGAAUCGCCUGAGGAGGAAACAGGCCUUGCAUAGUUAUGAUUAAGUUGUCAAGUCGACUGUUGCCUGCGUGGCUCUCGCGCGCCCGGGAUCCCUUUCCCCUCUCCUUUUAAACGCCUGCCACGCAGGCUGAGCAGACUGUGAAAGCCGACUGUAAGAAUUUGUUUUAGAUCCAAGAAAUCCUUCCUCACCGUUUAACAAACAAACUUAAGGUCACCGAGCAUGUUGACCCCUCAUGUUGUUACUGCUGUGGGUGUCUGAAGUGACAACAUGAAUUGCGUGCACACGCUUUCAUUCAGAAGAAAGGGAGAUGAAAGGAAUGAUUAAAGUAAGCUCCUUAUUCACUGAAAAAUUUUUUUGAGGUAUCCUUUUUUUUUUUACUGCUCUUUGAUACGUAAACUGUCGCUUAUGAGCCCUGGGCUUUCAGAUCUUUGUUAGGGGUUUAAGAAUGUUUUUGGAGAGCUUAUAAACGAAGGGGUUUAUCUCCGAGGGGGUUUAUAAUCAGAAUAGAAAAAGCACUGCCAAACAAGCUAUGCCAGUGCUGAUUGAAAUACCUUUUGCAUUUACCGGUAAUUAAUCAAGCGUCAAAAAGUCAUAAUAAAUCGAAUUCAUUCCAACAUAAUUAUAUGGAGGGGUACUAAUGUCCGGGGGGCCUCUUGCUCAUAAUCGGAUGUAUUUUUUGUAUACAGGUAGACGGGUCCAUAACUGGGGGCGGGGGGGGGCGGGGGCUUAAGCGCAAACGAAAAUUUUCGGCAUUCUUUAAAAGUUACGAAUAUUAGUUUUUCUGUUUCUCAGGCGUUGUCUAAAACAUAAAAAUGAGCAUGCAUGUUUAGUGGUGGAAAGCAAAACAAGUCGUUCGUAUACUCUCUUGCUGAUUACCAAACCGAGGUAAAAAGUUGCGAUGUUACGUUACAGGGGUCACCGUGCUUCCAGCUGUCACGUACCAGAUACGAGCCGGUCGUAAUAGAGGGAUGGGAACGAGUUUACCCACCUCUCCCGUAAUUGUCCUUUGAUAUUGCCCACGAAACACGUUGCUUCGCAAACGGAUUUUGUAGUUUUGGUAUCAGGGCGGGUAUUGCACAGAACCGCUCAACUAUUUAAACCUUAAACACAAUUUUUAAGUUUUCAUAGGACAAACUGUUCUUAUAUGAGAGAAAAGUACUUGAAACUAUAGACUGUACUAACCUACUGAAAGUGUCUUAGAUGAUCCCAUGGAAGUGAUGUCGAAUCAGCUGCGUUACUUUCCUUCAAUCGUGAAACUAAAUGUCGGAGGUAAACGCUUUACCACAAGCCUGCAAACGCUAACAAGAGAUCCCAACUCGAUGUUAGCAGCCAUGUUUUCAGGCAGGCAUGAAGUGCAGACUACUGAAGACGGUUCCUUCUUUAUCGACCGAGACGGAACUAACUUCCGGUUUAUACUAAAUUAUCUUCGUAACGGAGAACUUAUCUUGCCAGAUGGUGCUACAUUCCUCAAGGAACUCGAAGCAGAAGCUAAGUUUUAUCAGCUGCAAGGGAUAUUGGACGAACUGCAACGUACAGCACCGAAAGAGUUUGAGGAGUCGGUGAUACUGACGAACGAAGGGCAUCGAAGAGUCUUGAAAACUUGGUUGCCUAUAAAAAGCGAAUGGCGUUUGCUAUUCCGAGCUUCACGAGAUGGCUUUGCUGCUUUAGCGUUUCAUUUCAAAUGCGACAACAAAGGGCCUACAAUCACUGUUGUAAAAAGUGGUGAAAACAUUUUUGGAGGCUUCACUGAGAACGCUUGGACAAGUAAGAUAAAUUGAUAUGAUUCUAAAAUACAAAUUAGAUUUAUCGAGUAACUCACCACCUGAUGAAUGGCCUUGAAUUCGUAUAGCCUGUGUGACAGGCAUUUGUGCAUUCACCCUUGUUGAUUUCCUUCCUAAUUUUUAAAUUAUUAUUUCCUCUUUAUUCUGAUGGCUUGCACACUGCUCAUACUUGGGUACCUUGUUAAGUCACACUAACUGAUAAACUGAUAAACACCAGUGUAAAGGAUUACGUAGAUCAUACUCAUUGAAUUAGCUGGAUAAGUUGAUAAGUCCAUGAGCAGGAUAUUGGUGACGUCUUUAUAGGUGGCUAAACUUAUUUCUACGUUUCUCAGGGGAAAACAUUUCGGUAGAAUUGAAAACAAGUAUUGUAGAUGGCCUCAGGCUGAAAUUUCGUAUUCUAUGCAAAGGAGCAUCCAGGACUGGUAUCAGAUGAUAUUAGUUAUCUUCGUGGUUUAAAACCGAGUUCAAUAUUGGUUCAGGAUUAAACAAGUGGACUGGAGCAGAAAAUGUUUGAAAGGUUUAGAUUUAAAGAACUUUCAAAUUGAAAUGUGAAAAUGACUGUUUAACACAUAAUGUCAGAAUAUACAGCUAUUUCAAAAAACGUUGUCGGAAGAAAAGCCUUUAAGCCAAGACCGAAAGGUAAUAUGGGAUUUUUGUAAUGACCUGCUACAGGUCCUAUUGGAGUUUUGGGGCCACUCAUGUUUAUCCCUGAGAACACUAUGGAACGUCUUUCUGUAAGUGAGAGUAUUUCUAAACGUUGGACAACCCUUAAACAGAGGUGGUUGGAGAGCCUUCAAACGGUAGGGAGCUUAAGCAAGUACAAUGGCGACAAAAAAGACCAUGGACAAUUACAAUAGCUUUUAGCAAAACAACAACUGCACGUGCAUCACACUUUUUUGUCCGUGGCCGUUGUUGCCCAACUACGGCUUGAAAUGUCUCAUGUUUUAUAGGGGAAGUGAACAGCAGACCACAAUUUUCUUUUCUUUUUUUUUUUUGUAAACUUAAAACUAGUCCUUUAGAAUUCAUUUCCAGGGAAAUCGCCAUCGUCUAAAAAAUUGAACGAGGCGGAAUACAGGCGAUGUGCUUGUCCAUACAUUCUCACAUGCUGACCAGUGUAGUACAAAAUAUCACCUGCAGUAGACUUUGGCGAGCUUUAAUUAAUUCUUGAGUAGGAACCAUUACUCGGAAAAAAGUUUGUUUAUAAUAUUUUUUUUUCGCCCACUUUGCUACUACGUUAUGCAAAUUGAUAAAAUGUAAAAUUUAAUGUCAUUUUUCCUUGCUAAUUAUCUGAACAAAAUUACUUUCAAGGACGGAAAUAAGCAAGAGUGCACUUGGACUGAAACGUAUUUUUACCUCGUGCUUUUUUAAAAACUAAAAUGAUAGGUAUGGUUCAGUAUAAAUGACGAAUACAAAUCAGCGACCGGUUUAGUGGAGUGAUUGUUUGCCAGCAAAAGACAGAUUUGAAACAACCCUUAUUACCUUGCGGUCUUGGCUUGAAGAUUUUUUGCUUUUCUUCCGACAACGUUUUUUGAAAUAGCUGUAUGUGUCAGGUGUAAUCACUGUUAUUCACAGGUCCUACUGAUUGUGAAUGGGUGGGCAUGUCUUGUCGCAAUGCCUUCAUGUUCAGCUUUGUAAACCCAAGUGGCCUGGAGCCGACCAAACUGUCGCGUACCUCAGGUACAUAUGGCAUCUACUGUAAUAGCACCUGUGGACCGGUAUUUGGCAGUGAGAUCUAUGACCUAUAUAUAUCAGAUAAUGCAAACACAAGUCCUAGUGGCAGCCGUCUCGGCAUCGCCUAUCAGUCCCCACCAGGACAACCGAACACGUUCUUCACUGGUGGUAAUAGUUUCAUUGUCACAGAUUACGAGGUGUUCGGACUCCGCCAGUGACAAAUACCAAGCAGGUGAAAUAAACUCUUACACUGACAAAGGUAUUUUUAAAAUGCCUCAUUAGGAGUGCUAGGUACUCAGGAGAAAUAUGUUACUUUGAUAUUGUUCGGCUUUAAUUUGAGAGAAGGGCCUUGAAAGUGGGGCCAAAUCAGAGCCGUAGGUAAAUAAACGAACUUGGAUUAAUUUUUUUAAAAUAAGAGCUGAUUUGAGUGUGUUUUAAAGGUUCUCACCUUUUCUUCACCUUGAUUAGUCUCCCUGAGAGCGUCUUUUUGCCGUAAAAACGUCACCAAUCUCUCUCUAACUGCUUAUCCUAAGGGACAUCGCAUCUUCAACCUUUUCUGAAAACUGCCUGGGUUGCACUCACUUCUUCUUCAAGUUUUGAUUCUAGUCUCUUUUUGAUUAUUUUAAACAUAAUUUUACUUGCGUGGCUAAUUAGGGAAACUGUGCGAUAGUUGGUGCGGUCCUUCAAAUAUCCUUUUUUAGGUAUUGGAGUGAAGAUCGAUCUAUUCAGCCAUUCUUUCGGCCACUUCCCUUGGUGCCAAAUUUUCUUACAUAUAUGGUGGUAGAAAUCAAUCCCCGGUUCUCCACUUGCUUUGAUCAUCUCUGCUGUGAUGAGACAGGAGCCCACUGAGUUUUUUAAUUGCCAAUUCCACCUCCUCUCUCAGCGGCUCCCUACUUUUCAGAUCUUCCACAAGCUCAACUUCUAAUUCCUCCUCCGUGUCUUAAGCGCACUUUUACAUAUCCUCACAAUUUUUUCUUCAAAGUCAGUCGAGCUCGCGUGAUAAAAAACAAAAACUACGGGGGAUUUACUGACCGGCAGUGCAAGGGAGUAGGGGUGGGAGAAGAAGACGCGCUUCGUGCUAGCUCUUGCCCGUUUCGCUCAGGCGCUCGCCGAUGUUUUCGAAUAGAACGAAAAGAAAAAUAAAACAACGUCUGUCUACAGGCUACACAAUAUUCUUUCCACCUUAGUUUAAUGUCCUCAUUCUCUGGAAGGAUAGUCCCGUUCUUAUCUUUGAUAACUCUAAGUUGCGGCUGGAACUUCUUCCCACGGUAUUUAUCUCUCUGAACAUUUCUUGUGAGUUGUUGCGGGUAUGGUGCGACUCUAUCUUCCAACAUUUAUCCUUUAUAUAGUUCACCAAUCUAGCUACUCGGCAAGAUUUAUUUCUCGAUUACUUCUUGAAAGCGUUGACCCUCUGCGUGAAGAAGACUCACAGGUGCUGUGUUUUAAUGUCGUUGUUAAACUGAAAAAGCAAUAUAAGAUGAUUUCGUCAGUUUUCAGUUGUCAGUUGGUUCGAGAUUGGACUGCAUCCCGAGAUGCUCUAAUAAGAACCCUUUUAUCCGCCUUUUGUUUGGCUUUGUGGCAGACUGAGUCCAAAACCUGUGUUAGAAUAUUUUUUCAUAGGCACGGCAAAGCAAUUAAUCUGGUUCACAGUAAAUUUGAAUUUGCCUUUGAUUUCCACUCUGCCCGUAGUGUGGCCUCAAAGAGGCGCAUCAUUUUGUUUCCUACCAGCUGUACAAGGCCAGCACAAACGAAAUGAUAUUUAAAAAAACUCCAGGGCAAUUAAUAUUUCAAUUAGCAAAACUGUUCCUCAGUCUAUACACCUAACUCGCUUCAUACUUACACCUCAAAUAAACUCACUAUUAAGGGCACCAACUCACGGGUCUGAAAGUGUGCGCAAUAUUAAGGGGAACUGACUUUAUAUGCGUUGAGUAAGCCGGAACAAAACUUGUACGUUAAACUGUGUAAGUAGAUAGUACAUGGUAGUCAAGAAUGGCAUUUUAAUCGUAUAUAAUAUUUUAAUUACCGAAUAUCUUAUGAAUACACCCUAUAUGCCCAUCUGAUUAGUUUUAGCCAUGAUGUCAUUCUUCCUUGGAAUGGAUAUACUACUGACAGUGUCCUUCAUUAACGUCACAAAGUCUGUUAAAUUAUGCUUAAAGGUUAAUCAGUGCACAUACUCGCUACAAGGUUGGUAGGGGCUUGUUUGACUUCUCUUAAUAUGUAUAUAUAUUUUUUAUUGCAGAUGAACUGCAGUUCAUCAAUGUACCUUGAGCACGAAAGCAGCAGUGGAUUACAGUUAAGAGCCACUAUCAACAUUUUCUUUACGGGCGCAUGGUGCCUUUGGUUGUUAGUAUUAUGACGAUCUAGACUGAAUAACUGAGAUCAAGUUUGCUCUUAGAGUUUCGAACUGAUCAUAUGAUAAUCUAGUCUCGUGAGUCAAUAGUUCCUGUGUGAUCUAGCAUCUGCCUAAAGCAAAGCCUGAGAUUAGGAUUUAACCUUCAGAUAUCGUGGCCGAGACCCAAAGCAAACCGACUUUGUCA